UUUCAUUGAAUGAUGGUAAGUGUUUUGGCCAAUAAAUAGCAAUGGCUGGAAGCAACCCGGCUAUCCACCAAGAGCAAAGGAGAGCCUGGAAGCGUACGCUGAGGAGAUCCAAGAAGAUGGCCAUUCUGUGGUGGACGGCGCUCAAGAAGUCCCUGAGCUGCAAGUCGCAGGACUCCUGCGACGUGAUCAAGCGGGACGACGCCUCGCGCGGCGCCAGCGCCAGCGCCAGGGGCCUCGGUCUCAAGAGGUCGUUCCUGCUGCAGCCGUCGUUGUCGCUGCCGAGGUCGGGGUGCUCGCGCUCCAUCUCCAAUCUGCGGGACGUGAUCCACAGCGCCAGGUUCCAGGCGCCACCGGCCGUGCGCAGCAAGUGCGACAGCCCGAUGUCGGUCGAGAGCAGCGACGUCCUUAACGCGGUGACGCACGACGUGCUGCUCGCCGCCGGGGGGCCAGCAUCCGCGCUCGCCGCCUCGGACGUAGGCGCGGUGCCGCCGUACGCGCACAGCCCGCUCCUGAUGCGGUGCGCCACCGGCGCCCGUCUCUCCCAGAGGAAGUCACCGCUCCGCCUCGGCGGCGGCGACCUGGGGUCGCCCAUUCCCGCCUGGGCCCCCUGCGUCGAGGUCGGGGUCCGAUGCAACCGCUGUGGCGCCCGCUUCCCCAACGACAACGCCCUGGAGUCGCAUCACCUCGUCUUCCACGCUGUCACCGAGGUGGUGGGCGGCGAGACGGCGAGCAAGGUGGUGGAACUCAUAUACAGUGUCGGGUGGCCGAAUCCCGAGGCCGCGCUGGACCGCGUCGAGCGAGUCGUCAAGGUCCACAGCAUGGAGAGGCGGGUGGACCGGUUCAAGGAGUACAUGGAGGAGGUGAAGGGCAGGGCGGCGAGGCUGCCCAACAAGCACCCCCGCUGCGUCGCCGACGGCAACGAGCUGCUCCAGUUCCACGGCACCACCGUCUCCUGCUCCCUCGGCAGCGGCGGCUCGCACAGCGUCUGCACGUCGAGCCUGUGCAACGUCUGCCGCAUCAUCCGGCACGGCUUCUCGGCGACCAGGAAGUCCAGGAACAGCGGCGGCGGCGUGUUCACCACCUCCACGAGCAGGCACGCGCUGGAGUGCCUGCAGGAAACCUCCGGCGUCGGCGCGAAGCACGCGCUGCUCGUGUGCAGGGUUAUCGCGGGGAGGAUCCACCGCCCGCUGGAGAAGCUGAGCCAGGACUUCGCCGUGCAGCCGGGAUUCGACUCGGUCGCCGGCCAGGUCGGUGACGAUUCAAGCAUCGAGGAGCUGUACCUGCUCAACCCGAGUGCUCUUCUCCCGUGCUUCGUGGUCAUAUGUAAAGAUUAGAUCUUGCGGCUGGGUAUAGCAAACACAUCAUAGAGACACAUAUAGCAAAAUAUUUAGAUCAAUCCUAGCAUAUUUUGUUUUGAUUGUCGAUUAAAUUUGCAGUUUAGUUCAUUACAAGUUGUUGGACAGCA